CUUGCUAAUGAUAGUGAGAGGAAAAGAGAGAGAGACAGAGAAACAGCAAAGCAGAGAGAGAUCUGAGUGUGUCCCGGAGCAGUCGGAAAACUCACACUGAGAAGACCUGCAGCCAUCUCUGCUUCUCUGAGGUUUAUGGGACACAGGACCACAGCAAAUAAAGGAAGGCGGGCUGUACAGGAGGGAAAGAAAAACAGGGGCUGAUAAGUAGGGUGCAGUUUGUCUCCAUCUCUCUCUCCGUCAGCUCUCUCAUUCAGCAUGGAGCCCAACAGCCCUAAGAAAAUUCAGUUUGCCGUUCCACUCUUCCAGAGCCAGUUGGAUCCCCAGGCGGCAGAGCAUAUCCGCAAACGCAGACCUACUCCAGCCACAUUGGUCAUCUACAAUGAGCCCAGUGCAUCAGGAGAUGACAAGCAGACUACAAGCAAUCAAACAGAGGCCCAGAGUGCCCAGCUGUCUCCAGCCCAGAGGAAACAGAGCGUCUACACGCCACCGACCAUGAGAGAGUUGCAGCUGGUGGUGGAGCAGCACUUUCAGAGGCAGGAGCAACAGGAGGCGGGGCUCUCUGACAGCCCAGACACGCCCAGUCCAAUCACAGCACAGCAUUUUGCCAACGAAGCUCAGUGGGCCAAUCACAACAGCUCAGAGCCCGAUGGCAAUGAGUCUUAUGUCAGUACUGAGGGGCAGCCAGGCAGCAGUGGGGCCGGGGGAGACACAGCAGACACCUCAGGAAGUGAGCAGAAAAACUUGAGCAGUCCUUCAUCUGUCUCUCGAUAGCCGUAAUAACGUACCUGGCACACUACAGACCCUUCCUAAACAUUUACUGUCCCCUCCACUCUUUGGACUCUGAAUAAGAAGACAUGCUUUCUCUAAAUACACGCAUUGUACUUUGAGUUCCAGUGAUGACUUCCUUAAAUCAGUUUUAUUUGUGUGAAGUGAAAUGCUUGUUCUUCCUUUUGAACUCUAUACUAAAGUGAUCUGUCCUGUUUGUUUUUUUCUAUGUGAUAAAAUGGCAUUUGAAAUUUUUCCAAUAUGUAUAUCUGUGAAAUGCGGGCAGCUUAUUUUCGGCACUUUCAGAUCAGUUGUAAUAAUUUCUUUAUGGGUUUAGAUUUACUUGUGAAGUAGAGACAAUGAAAUAAACUUUUUUUGGAGCUUGAAAUAAAAAAUAAUAAUAAGUAAGUAAAUAAUUUUGAGUAA